GGACCCUCAUUGGAUCUCCCGGUAGCUCCGAGCACGGAACCUAAAAAAUAUUGACUUUAUACUAUCAACCUAAUCCUCUAAAGAUCGAACCUAAGUAAACACUUGUCACAUUUACAACCGACAGAGUUUUCUACAGAGCGUCAGUCGAUAAGAUAUAGUCCACGAGCUAACAACUGUAUCGGUAUGAAAAUGUGAGUAGUGUUCGAGGUAUGGCAAAGCUAAACGACGAUGCGAAAAAAUAUAACGAGGAAGACAUGAUGGAGGCGGAAAGUGAAGAGGAGUUGGGCAAGAUAGGCCGAAUCAUGGUUUGGCUGCGCAUCAAUCCAAACCUGAUUAUGUUAAAAGUGACUCUUUUUGUGAUGUAUGGAGCCACCGCUUCUCUUUUGCCAUACUUGACUAUACACAUGCAAAGCAUAGGACUUACAGUGCCUGAGAUUUCUUUUGUGUAUUUAGCUUUGCCAUUUACUACUUUCUUAAGUCCCCCGAUAACAGGAUUUCUAGUGGAUCGUUUCGGGGAGUACAAGCCUGUUGUAAUUACCGCUUUGAUUCUAAAUGCCGCGUUCCACCAUUCAUUGCUCCUGAUCCCGCAUCAGGAAACGCCAGGUGUGAUGCCGUCGGCAUACGUUAUGCGACAUCCAAUCACCAAUAGUGUUGAGAUAUGGUGGAGUCCUUGCCCUAGCAGAGAAUGUCCUGAUGAAGACGAGACUGUAGACUUUGUGUUGGAUCGGUGUGUGGACCAUUGCCAUUUAUUUAGACCCACAGAAAGCCCAGCUAGUGAUCCUGCGGACGAUAAAGAUGAUCUGGACUUCCACAUUAGUCAUAAAAUUCAACCACCAAAUUUAUCGAAUAGCAGUCAUCAAAAUGUGACUGAAGAUGAAGAUUACAAUGACGCAGCAUUCUUUCUUAUAGAAGUACAUGACGAUUUAGGUGAACCUAAAGAACAACUUGGCAUUGAAAUGGAACGUGAUGACGAUGACCAAGUGACAGAUUUUAGAUCUAGAUUCGGCGAGAAACUUUUAAUAGCGCAAGGAGUAAAUAUAACGGCAUUGGAUAAGGAAGACUUGAGGUGUGGAGGUCUUGUCAUGGUGCAUAACAUGACUAAGCUCUCUCAGCUACGUCUAGAAAUAUUGUCUGCUGAUUGUAUGGUUCAAAAAUGUGACUUCAGAAGAGGCGGGCCCGAUAUAUGCCCACCGGAUUAUAAGGAAAGCGACGAUAAGACUUUCUAUAUUUAUUUUUUCUUACGAUUCAUGGGUACUAUAAUGUUGUCUGCUGGUGUUACAAUUAUGGAUCCCAUUGCCUUGACUAUGAUACAAAAAUAUGGCGGUGAUUUUGGUAGAGAACGCCUUUUUUCUAGUAUUGGAAUGGCUAUAUUUUCACCUAUUACGGGUAUGCUCAUAGAUAUGAGGAGUAAACAAGUUGGUUACACCGAUUAUUCAGCUGCAUUUUAUACUUACGAUGUGUUGCUUCUGAUAUCAGCAAUUACGGUCGCUGUUAUGCCUCUAGGCGCCAAGCUACCGGCGGAUAAUUUGCUACGAGAUUUAGUGAACAUAAUAAAGAUGCCACAUAUUAUUAUUUUCAUCUUUUUCCUCUUCGCUUUGGGAAACUUUUGGGGAUUCAUUGAAUCUUACUUAUUUAUAUAUUUGAAGGAGUUAGGAGCACCAAAUUUUUUAUUGGGUAUAACCGUGACUGUGGGCACAUUGAGUAGCAUCCCGUUUCUGUACGGAGCUGAUGCCAUCACCGCCCGCAUAGGCCACGUGAACGUUAUCAUUGUCGCGUUCUUCUCCCACGCUGCUCGUCUUGUCGGAUACUCGUUUAUUGAAAAUUCAUGGUGGUGUUUUCCAUUUGAAGCCAUGGAAUCGCUGUCAGUGCAUUUGAUGUGGGUAGCAGCUGCUACGUACUGCGCUAUGUUGGCUCCCAAAAGUCUUCUAGCGACUCUAAUAGGCGUAUUGGGAAUGGCACAUUUCAGUCUCGGUAGAGGUAGUGGAAGUUUUGGAGGUGGUCUUCUGAUAGCAUCUCUUGGCACCAGAGAGGCAUUCCGGUAUAUGGGCCUUAUUGCGUUCCUUGGAGGGAUUCUUUACGGUCUACUGCAUUAUUUCUGGCUUAGGAAUAUAAAUGUGACUGGUGUUGAAGAUUCCUGCGACCAGGACACAGAAAGCGGCGAUGGCGACAAAUUAAAUGGAGAGCCAUUACGCAAGGACGCAGAAACGAUGAUCUCUUUGGAGAGGUUGCAUAUGAUUACACGGUACAAUCCACUGGGAUCACUCCACUCUCUACCUAGAGGUUCACGGUCAAGAUUUUCGCAAGGUGAUAUAAAUGAGCAUUGUAGAAGCCGAAGCGGUAGUAACAGUCAGCGUCGAGGAAGCAAUUAUGAAGGAUCCGCCUCUAAGGUCGACCUCCUCCGUUCAGCAUUGGAGAUCAGUCAUCAGAACACCAAGAGCCACAUUUCAAAUCCUGUACUGUCGAGUUCUCAAAGGCCUACGCAUUACAAGGUACACCAUAAUGUAAAAAGUUUGGCACAACGCAACAAUAUAUCGCAACCAGUGUUAUCAGAGUACGACAGUCGUCGACGGGACUCUAUACCAGAGGAAGCUGAAGAAGAACGUCUGGCACAACCAGCUAAAUUACCAACAAAGACCAAGAGUGCGAAUUUACCACCACCUCCUCCUACCUAUGAUGAAGCAACAGGAGAGAAGAGGAAAAGUUGGCAUUCCGAUGAUAGUGCACCCACUUAGGCAAUACAAACAUAAAGCUAUGAGAAAUGUAAAUAGUCAAUGCUAAAUUGAUUGGCUGAAACGUGACAAAUACUUCCAUGAAAAUAUAUCAAAAAAUCAACACGUUCCGCGAGUUAUCAGUUCAAGCGGAGAGCAUGUUUUGUAUAAGGCUUUAAUUUAUUUAAGUUGUAGAUAAAUGUAUUACGGUUUAAUGUU